CCUGCAUGGAGACCCCCACGAUGCCACCUGCCAUGGACGUGGACAAAGCCGUGGCCACGGCCUUCGUGGUGCUGCUGGGGCUCUUCCUCCUGGCCAUGACCGUGCGCUGUGCCCGGCUCGUGGUGGAUCCCUACAGCGCCAUUCCCACCUCCACCUGGGAGGAGGAACCCAUCAACUGA